UCUCAUAACCUCUAAGUGCUUCUGAAAUAGUGCCAUCAAUAACUUCGCCAUCUUCUUGCAAUUUGUAAAUAAGCGAUUGCAAAUUUAUUAUCUCUCGUUAAAAAAGUGAUAUUUUUGGAUAGGUGUUUUCAGCUACAAGUGUUUUCCAGCUACAUAUUAAUAAAGAUGACAUCAGCAUUGGAAUCAAUGGUAGUUGACGAAAAACAGCUUCCCGAAAAGCCGGUGGACAGAGAGAAAACAUGUCCGCUUUUACUGCGAGUAUUCUGUAACACUGGUCGUCAUCAUAAUAUAAUGGAAUACAGCAGAGGAAAUGUUCCUUCAAACGAACUGCAAAUAUAUACAUGGAUGGAUGCUACUUUGCGAGAAAUUACAGGCUUAGUUAAAGAAGUAAACCCAGAUGCUCGCAGCAAAGGAACAUAUUUUGAUUUUUCACUAGUGACUCCUGAAUUACGUAACUCUGGUUAUCGUAUGCGUGAGAUUGGUGUUACCUGUUCUGGUCAGAAAGGUGCAGAUGAUAAUAAAACACUUGCCCAAGCAAGAUUUACAAUAGGAGAUUAUUUGGAUAUAUCAAUAACACCUCCAAACAGAAUGAUGCAACCAGCAAUAAGACGUGGUGGUUUACGUCAAUAUUAAUAUAUUAAUUCCUAAGUAUAUAUUACGAUAAAAACAUGUUCAUUAUAAGUAACAUAGAUGACACUUCCAUAAAGUUUCUAAAUUUUUAUUUUAGUAAAUAAUUAAAAUAAAAAACUGUUUUUUAUUUUUUUAAAUUUUGCUACAUUAAAUAUUAACUUUUGCUUAUGUACCAAGUAAUAAAGACCUUUAAAUAUUCAAUUA